AAAAAAAAAUUUUAACGGAAAUUGCCGAACAAUAAGUGUUUCGAUGUAGGCCAUGUGCUUCAACGGAACCCCAGUGCCCGGAUGCUCAUGAACAUUUUUGAUGUCAAUCGUUUAGUUUCCUUUACUUUUGGCCACGGUAUACCUUUAUAAAACUCAAUACUUCCAAGCUGUGGCCCAUAGUGAAAAUGGCACAGUUCAUAUAUCCCUUGCCAAAUGCCCAGACUGCAGCAGCUUAUCCAGCAGCGCAAACUGCAUAUGUUGCAGCACCCCAGGCAGCUUAUGCUACUGCUGCCCCUAGAGCUGGACAAUCAGCCUAUGAUAGUUACCAGACAGCUCAUGCAGCUCCACAGUAUGCUUAUACAACAAGGACUCAAGUUGCUGUCACUCCUGCCGUGACUUACGAUCAGACUAAAGCUUACUACCAACCUACUCAAGGUGUAGCAGCAGCAGCAGCUGCUGCUGCUGCUGUAGCCUCUUACACUGCUGCAGAAACACAUUACCAAGCUGCGAAACCAACUUAUACAACUAGUACCACUUAUCAGACCCAACCCCGGCAAACAGCCACACAGAAAGCUACUCCAGUGCAAGUUACUACAACUCCUGCUACCUAUGUCUACACAGCCACAACUACUCCUACCGCUGCUACAACUUAUGCAACUCCAAGUUAUGCUUCGACUACAAGCUCAGGAUCCUAUUCUGGUUAUGAUGCCGCUCUCUAUUCAGCUGCGACAUCUUACUACCAACAACAGCAGCAGCAGCAAGCUAAGACUACUACUAAUUGGGCUUUCAAGAAACAAGCUACUUUUGGCCAAAAGAUGCAGAAACAAAAACCUCCUCCAAAACAACCCCAACUCCAUUAUUGUGAUGUCUGUAAAAUUAGUUGUGCUGGCCCUCAGACUUACAGAGAACAUCUUGAAGGUCAGAAACACAAGAAGAAGGAAGCUGCUCUGAAAGCUGGUGGAACUACUCAACCAGCUGGUCGUGGACAGAACCAACUUCGUUGUGAACUCUGUGAUGUUACUUGCACUGGAGCAGAUGCAUAUGCUGCACAUAUCCGUGGGUCAAAGCACCAAAAGGUUUUAAAGUUGCAUACAAGACUUGGGAAACCAAUUCCUUCAACUGAUCCGGUUGUUGUGUCUCCUGGCCAAACUAGUGUUUCUACUGGAACUACUACCACAACCACUAAAUCUCCUACUAGCCCUGUGUCGCAGACUGCUUCAGCUACUACGGGGUCUGUUUCUUCAGUUAAAACACUAAGCAAGGGCACCACAGCAACUGCUACCAAUACUGGUCAAGCUCAGACCGUCAAAAAAGUUAUGGCUACUCCAAAAAUAACGUUUGUUGGCGGUGCCCAACUUAAGACAACAGGGGCUAAAGCAGAUGAACUGAAAGAUGUGAAAUUAGAAGUGAAAGCAGAGUCUAGUGCAACAACUGAGACUGAACCAACUAAGACUGAUAUGGAAGAGAAGUUGAAUCUUCUUGGUGAGAAAGAUUUUAUGCCUGUUGGUCAUGAAUAUAUUGAAGAAGUCAAAAAUGAAACUGGAAAAACAAUAAGUUUUCACUGUAAGCUUUGUGAGUGCAAAUUUAAUGACCCCAAUGCGAAAGAAAUGCACAUGAAAGGUCGAAGACAUCGCUUACAAUAUAAGAAAAAAGUUGACCCCAACCUUCAAGUAGAAGUGAAACCAAGUAUUCGUGCGCGAAAGAUUCAAGAAGAUAAGUUACGCCGACAGACUCAAAAAGAAGAGUUUUGGAGACGAAGAGAGGCUGAGGAUCGCUGGCGCGAGGAGAUGCGAAUGGAAGAGGAAAUGUAUUGGGGAGAAAGACGACAUUUUGAAGAGAUAGACUAUUACUCUCAGUGGCACCGUCGACCUGGCCAUCCAGCUGCUCCUAUGCCCCCUCCUCCCUUUCCACAACGUCCUGGUGCCAGCGGCCCUCUUGGAGUUGGUGCUUCUACACAUUUGCGGAAACCAGAGUCCUCAGAUGAUAGACAUGUCAUGGCUAAACACACCAGCAUAUAUCCAACUGAAAUAGAACUUCAGGCUGUUCAGAAUAUUGUGUCGGCAUGUGAAAAAGCAUUGAAGUUUGUUUCCGAUCAUUUGGCAGAAAGUGACUUUAGUCCAAAGACAGAAGAAAUUUCAGCUAAAGAAAUAAAGAAAGAGGGAGCAGCAAAAGAUAGUGACAAAAAAGAUGAUGGCCCACGAGCUUUGAAGGGUGUGAUGCGAGUUGGUGUAUUAGCCAAAGGAUUAUUGUUGCAUGGAGACCUUAAUGUGCAUCUUGUGGUGCUUUGCUCUGAGAAACCAACACGCACUUUAUUAGAAAGAGUCGCUGAUAGUCUCCCAAAACAGUUGGCUACUGUCACAGAUGAAAAUUACGAGCUGAGACGGUGCGUUGAAGAAGCUGCUAUAAUUGUGACCAGUGAGAAAGAGCCCAAAACUUCUUGUACAGUCACUUUGACUUCACCAGUGAUGAGGGAAACUAACUUAUCUGAAGGAGAGACUGUAAGCGUGAAAGACCCACCGGAUGUUCUGGACAGGCAGAAAUGUCUAGAUGCUCUAGCCGCACUGCGACAUGCUAAGUGGUUCCAGGCUAGAGCCACUGGUCUGCAGUCAUGUGUUGUGGUCAUACGAAUUUUAAGGGACCUCUGUCAACGGAUCCCUACAUGGACACCCCUAAAUGAAUGGGCUAUGGAAUUACUGGUUGAGAAAUGUGUCAGUAGUGGUGGAACCAGUCUUAGCCCAGGUGAUGCCCUGCGCAGAGUAUUUGAAUGUAUAGCAUCGGGAAUUCUACUACCAGGUGGACCUGGUCUGUAUGAUCCCUGUGAAAAGGAAGCUACUGAUGCUUCAGCUUCAUUAACAACUCAAGAAAGAGAAAAUAUUACUGCUUCAGCUCAGCAUGCUCUGAGGCUUAUUGCAUUCCGACAAAUCUACAAAGUAUUAGGCAUGGAUCAGCUACCUGCUCCACGCUUCACUAGGCCUCGCUUUAAUCCUCGUAAGCGCCGACGAACAAAUAGUACUGGUGAGGGAGAAGCUGGCGGAGAGAAGAAAGAUAAGAGAGAAAGUGAUGGAGACCUAAAUCAGGAAAUGACUGAUUAGUUCCACAUUAGACAUUCUAAUCCAUUCCUGCUUUCCACAUAAUUCUCUUCUGCUUAUUCUUAUUCAUUUUUUUUUUUCUUUUACUUUUAUUUUCUCCCUUUUUUUUUUUUUUCUUUUUAUGAAUUCUUAAAAACCUUUCAUGCCAGUAGAUUCUGCUUUUAAUACAUUUUGACUGUUGAAGUCACUCACCUAAUUAAAAGAAUUCUUUCUAUGCAGUCAACACUCCUGCUGUUUUCUUUCUUUUUAUCAUGUUCUUUGUUCUAUUUAGAUUUCAAUACCAAUAAGCAAGCAGCCGGUGUUUCUCUAAUGUUUAUUUGGUUAUUGGUACGCCUCCUGUUGUGGUGUGUCCACUUUUUGACUAUCCCUCUAUUCAACACUUACAAUCAGCUGACACCCAUGUUUGUGAGAUAACAACAGAACCAAUCUCCUCUGUACAUAAUUUCAUGUCACAUAUCUGGAGUGGGGCAAUGGUUGGAAGCACUGCAACCCUUAUCGCUAUCACACUCCUUUCACUGAUCACUCCUUCUGAAUUUUAUUUCAAAUAUUUCACUACAUUAGGAUUUAAAAGAUAAAAGAAAUAUUCAUUUCUUACUUCAAACAUAUCAGUUAGAUGAUAUCUGGGGUUUAUUUUGUUGUUUUGUUUGUCUUGGUAUUUUAAAAUAAUUAAAAAUGUUUUGAAGUUUUUCAAUAGUACAUAAAAUUUUCUGUAUUAAAAGUCUUUUGAUCUGAGUUAAACUGUUAUACUGCUAAAACCAGUUCAGGUGUUAUUUUCUAAGAAAUCCCAUUGUCUACACUAUCUGUUCUUCUCCCUUUCUUAAAUAGGUUUCAUUUAUUUACAUUGUAACUAUCCAACAUUUAAAAAAAAUAUUUUAAGACUCAUUUCAAGGGUUGUUUAAUAAUGCAGAAGCAUUAUUAAAUGCUAGAAGCUGACCCUUUCGCAGCUAUAAUAAUAGUUGGCAGUUUUUUGUUUUGGUUAACUUUGUAUUUGCAACUUGGGCUAGUUGCAUUGUCUUUGAUAGAGGUUGGGUGCUAGAGUAGAUGUUAUUCUGAAUAGUGGGGUUUAGACAGCUUUGCUUGUCGACACUGCAAGCUGCUCUGAAGAAAAGGCACUCUGUGGGAGUCUGAUUUCCAAACAGUUAUAUUUUAAAUGGUAUUAACUCCUUGUUGCCACUAUCUGCACCUAAAUAUUUAUUCUAGAAUUAAAAGCUAAAAACUUUGUCUCACUGACAUUUCAGAACAAAAGCUCUCCCAGCUUUUGUUCUGGUGACAAAAUAUCAGCGUAAUGUGUUUAGAAAAAAAAAGUUCACUGAUGUUUUUAUUGAUACCAUUUGUAAUUAUCUUGGGGUUUUGAAAGUCUUCAGACUGCAAGAAAACAAGAUUUCUCUUAUAUUGCAAAAAAGAAAGAUUUUUUUUUUUCCUUUUGGGAAAAAAAAAAUCAAACAAAAAUCAAUAUUUUUGUUUCUUCUGUAUUCUUAAAUAUUUUAAAAUUGCCAGCUUUAUAUAGAAAAACAAAUACCCAAUGCAACAGACAUCUACACACAAGUUUUCCUAUUCUAGUGCCCUCUGAGAAGGCAACCCCUACCCCCUAAUCUCAAUCAGUUAGUAGCAUAGUCUUGAAAAUGAUACCUUUUCAACGAAAUUUCUACAACUUAACCCUUGGCUUUAAAAAUUGUUUUAGAAGCACCAAAUAUAGUUUACAUGGUCAUGCGAUUGAAUUCCUUGGCCCUAUUUUUCUACAACAGAUCGCUAUUUAGUUUUGCUAAAUAGUGAUAACACACCCCUAUGAACUUGCUAAUUAGUUGUCUUUCAAAAUCUACCUGAAAGUAAAUGAUAGUGCAUUGUGAAAAAACAACAA